GCGGCGGCGACAGCGGCUUUGCGGGAAUUCGCGGCUCUCGGCAGUGGCGGGCGCGGGUCGGACGGACCGACGGGCUGACCGGGGGCCGACUCACGGGCGGACGUGGACGCGACAGAACUCCCAGCACAGUGCUCAAGAAGGCCAGAAUACUGGACCUGCUAAACUGGAACAAUGCUGGCAUUUUAGGUUUUCAGAGUUUGGGAUAUUGGCAAACUCCAGUUCUCCGCACCAUAACAACUUCAUUCCAGAGCCAGAAAUGAAUGGCUACACAGACUUUCCCCGCAGCCCCAGCAGUCCUGCUGAGGCGUCCAAGGAGACCCAGCCGGGUCAGGCUGCGCUCCAGGAAGAUGUGGACAUGAGCAGUGGCUCAAGUGGAAAUGAAACCAAUGGCAACUGCUCCACAGGCCGUGGCUCCCAGGCCAGCGACUGUGAGGACAGUGGGAAGGAGCUGGGGAUGUUGGUGGAGGCUCCCGACUCGCAUCAGAGUCCCAAUGCCUUCAGCCUGCUCAUGGCGGAGACUGAGCACAACCCGUCUACGUCUACCAGUGGCUGCAGCAGCGAGCAGUCUUCCAAGGCAGACACACACAAAGAACUGAUAAGAACGCUGAGGGAGCUGAAGGUCCACCUCCCUGCAGACAAGAAGGCGAAAGGCAAGGCCAGCACGCUGGCGACCUUGAAGUAUGCCCUGAGGAGUGUGAAGCAAGUGAAAGCUAACGAGGAGUAUUACCAGCUGCUGAUGUCCAGCGAGAGCCAGCCCUGCAGCGUGGACGUGCCCUCUUACACUGUGGAGCAGGUGGAGGGCACCACCUCCGAGUACAUCAUGCAGAACGCGGACAUGUUUGCUGUGGCUGUGUCCCUGGUCACCGGGAAGAUCCUGUACAUCUCCAACCAAGUUGCCUCCAUAUUUCACUGUAAGAGAGAUGCCUUCAGUGACACCAAGUUCGUGGAGUUCCUGGCUCCUCACGACGUCAGCGUGUUCCACAGUUCCACCACCCCUUACAAGCUUCCGUCCUGGAGCGUGUGCGGGGUCGUAGAUUCCUUCUCUCAGGAGUGCAUGGAGGAGAAAUCCUUCUUUUGCCGUGUCAGUGUCGGGAAGCGCCACGAGCAUGAGAUCCACUACCAGCCAUUCCGCAUGACGCCCUACCUGGCCAAGGUACAGGAGCAGCGGGCACCUGAGAGCCAGCUCUGCUGUCUGCUGCUGGCAGAGAGGGUGCACUCAGGCUAUGAAGCCCCCAGAAUUCCUCCGGAGAAGAGAGUCUUCACAACGACUCAUACGCCGAACUGCUUGUUCCAGGAUGUAGAUGAAAGGGCAGUCCCCCUCCUGGGCUAUCUACCUCAGGACCUGAUCGAGACACCCCUACUCAUGCAGAUCCACCCCAGCGACAGGCCCUUGAUGCUUGCCAUCCACAAAAAGAUCCUGCAGUCCGGUGGGCAGCCUUUCGACUAUUCUCCCAUUCGGUUCCGCGCCCGGAACGGGGAGUACAUCACACUAGACACCAGCUGGUCCAGCUUCAUCAACCCGUGGAGCAGGAAAAUCUCCUUCAUCAUCGGGAGGCACAGAGUCAGGGUGGGCCCCUUGAAUGAGGAUGUGUUCGCAGCCCCCCCGGGAGUGGAGGAGAAGGCCCCACACCCCAGCAUUCAGGAGCUCACAGAGCAGAUCCACAGGCUGCUGCUGCAGCCCAUCCCCCACAGUGGCUCCAGUGGCUACGGCAGCCUGGGCAGCAAUGGGUCCCAUGAGCAUCUCAUGAGUCAGACCUCAUCCAGUGACAGCAACGGCCACGAGGAGGCUCGCCGGAGGAGAUCCGAAAUUUCUAAAAAUGGUAGCAAGAGCAAAACCAAAAGUCAUUUUUCUCAUGAAGCUGGAGCACAAAAGAAAACUUCCGUUCCAGAAAUACAGAGUAGCCCUCCAGCUACUCAGGUAAAAGUUGUUCCUGCCACAGAGGAGAGCCCCGGGGUGAGCUCACCCAAGGCCGGCUUCCCUGAGGAGCUGGCCUGCAAGAACCAGCCCGCCUGCUCCUACCAGCAGAUCAGCUGCCUGGACAGUGUCAUCAGGUACCUGGAGAGCUGCAGUGAGGCCUCCACCCUGAAGAGGAAGUGUGAGUUCCCUGCACACAUCCCGUCGCGGAAGGCCACCGUCAGCCCCGGACUGCAUCCCGGAGAGGCCUCUGCACCCUGCAAGGUGAACAGCCACGCGGAAGUCAGUGCGCACUUGACCUCCCUAACGCUGCCCAGCAAGGCCGAGAGCGUGGUGUCCCUCACCAGCCAGUGCAGCUACAGCAGCACCAUCGUUCAUGUGGGGGACAAAAAGCCGCAGCCCGAGUUAGAGACAGUAGAAGAUGCCGCGAGUGGGCCUGAGUCCUUGGAUGGCCUGCCUGGAGGCCUGAAUCAGGAGAAAGGGCCCUUGCAGAAGCUGGGCCUCACCAAGGAAGUGCUGGCGGCCCACACACAGAGGGAAGAGCAGGGCUUCCUGCAGAGGUUCAGGGAGGUGAGGCGGCUGGGUGCUCUCCAGGCCCACUGCCAGUACUACCUGCAGGAGAGAUCCAGGGCCCAGUCCGGUGAACGAGCUGCCCCUGGACUAAAAAAUAGUUCUGGACUUGAGUCAUCUUGGAAAAAAGCUGGGAAGAAUAGAAAACUGAAGUCCAAGAGGGCCAAGCCUCAGGACUCAUCUGAUAGCACGGGUUCUGGGGGGCCUUGGCCCCAUCGGCCCCCACUUGUGGGCCUGAACACCACGGCCUGGUCACCCUCGGACACCUCCCAGUCCAGCUGCUCUGCUGUGCCGUUCCCCGCCCCAGUGUCAGCUUACUCUCUGCCCGUGUUCCCAGCACCAGGAAUAGUGCCCAUUCCCGGGGCUGUGGCAGCACCGCCUGCAGUGCCGCAGGCCAGCUUUGCAGUGCCCGUGGUGCCCGUGGAUGCCCAGCACGAGUUUGCAGUCCAGCCCCUGCAGCUCGCGGCUCCCUUGGCCCCAGUCAUGGCCUUGAUGCUACCCAGCUAUCCUUUCCCACCCGCGACCCCAAACCUACCCCAGGCCUUCUUCCCCAACCAGGCCCACUUUCCAGACCACCCCAUGCUCCCCUCUGAGAUGACCGCCACCCCGCAGCCAGAGUUCCCCAGCCAGACCUCACUCCUCAGACAGCCGUGCACUUGCCCCGCCACCCCGGCCACCCCACCGCUAUCAGCCACGGCGGCCACGGGCAGGGCCUCCCCGCCACUCUUCCAGUCUCGAGGGAGCUCACCCCUGCAACUCAACCUGCUGCAGCUGGAGGAGGCGCCUGAGGUCAGCGCCGGCGCCACGGGGGCCCCGGGGACAGCUGGACUGGACAGCAUACCUGGCGCUUCCCAGGACUGGCAGCCAAAGGCACCUCCAACACACAAGGAACCCUCCGACCCCCCGAACAGCGAUGCUCUCUCCACAUCCAGUGACCUGCUCAACCUCCUACUCAACGAGGACCUCUGCUCAGCCACAGGCUCAGCGCUGUCUGGGAGUGGGGCCUCGGCCACCUCGGAUUCUCUGGGUUCCAGCUCACUGGGCUGUGAUGCAUCCCGCAGUGGGGCAGGCAGUAGUGACACAAGUCAUACCAGCAAAUACUUUGGAAGCAUUGACUCUUCAGAGAAUAACCACAAAGCUAAGCUGCAUGCAGACAUGGAGGAGAGUGAGCAUUUCAUUAAGUACGUCCUGCAGGACCCCAUCUGGCUACUGAUGGCAGACACCGACGACAGUAUCAUGAUGACCUACCAGCUGCCCUCCCGGGAUCUCGAAACGGUCUUGAAGGAGGACCGAGAGAAGCUGAGGCUGCUGCAGGGGUCCCAGCCCCAGUUCACAGAAAGCCAGAGGCGGGAGCUGCUGGAGGUCCACCCAUGGGUCCAGACGGGCAGCCUGCCCUCCGCCAUCGACGUGACGGAAUGCGUGUACUGUGAAAGCGAAGAGAGAGACAACGCUUGCGUGCCAUACGAGGAAGGCAUUUCUUCCCUGGGACUCAGCGACAUGUCAGACACCAAAGAGGAGGAAAGCCGUGGCCCCCUGAGUCCCAGGAAGGAAGAGCAGACAUAACCCCACCCGACAGGCAGUGAUCUACAUUAGAUGGUGCUUGGAAGAGAAAAGAUCUUCAUAUUUGUUUCUAAUGAAAUGAACAUAUAUAUUUAUGUUGCCUUUUUUGUUUUAGAAAAAAUCAUCCUAGUCUCCUGAGGGGUGACUUACAUAUGGUAGAUAAGGGAGGUGAUGGAGAAAUACGUUUUUUGUAUUUUAAACACAGUUUGUAGAAUGGGGUAGAUUGGGGUUUUGAACUUGAGGAGGAUGGCAGCCUCUGCCGGGAAGUCGCCCUCCACGGUCCCUUGACUUGGACAAGACCUCUGUUCAAGGCACCAGCGUGCAUUGGCCUUUGGUUGUCCUGAGAUGCCGUACCUGGCUGUGACAAAUAGCCAGGAAGCCAUGUGUGGCUCUGCAUGGGGCCUCCACCUUUCCAGAGCUUUUCCAGGGUGUGCUCAGAUCAGCUCUCCUGGGGACUGCUUUCCAUCUACAGGAUCGCUUAGUUCAGUAGCUGUGCGAUUCCACACACAGAGAAGCCUAGCUCAGUUUCCUUUUGAAGCAUUUUGUAUUAAGUGGUGUGAAGCAACAUUGGCCGCUUUGGCUUAGGGUACUGUGGCGGCAAACAUUUCAAUCUGGCCUGUCUUUUGUUUGUAGUAAAUUGAGUUGAAUGCCACUCGCUCGGGACUCACAGAACCUCUCGGGUUUUGUGACUAACGCCAUCUGACUGAUGCCUACCAGACACUUUGUCUAUUUCUACGUCAUUCUGGAAUUCUUGACCACUGUGGCCAAUUGUAGAGAGAACGAUGUUCUCCAUCCUGUCGUCCAUUCCCACGGCGUCCUCCCAGCCAGCACCGUGUCCUCCUGGUCAGCACACUGGGCUGGCGCUGCGCUGGUCCCGGUGCAUUUUUGUUUGGAGCCUCCCAGUUACCAGCUCCCAUCCAGAGCUGACAGGUCCCCACUUGAGGGAUGGAGGGAGCUCAGCUUUCCCUGAAGCACCUGUGACGAGUCCUCAGCCUCUGGCUGACAUUCACCUGUGUUGCUGGAACUUUCAGAGCAGAAAUGCCGCGGGCCUGGGGGAGACGGAGCCAGCUGGUCCUUAGAAAAUCGCUAGCUGCGCCAGAAACCCAAAGACGGGAAAUGUUCAGAAUGGGCACCUGGCAUGAAUGAGAGUCCUUACUGAUAAACCAGCUGGCUUAAAAUGGGUCCAGGCUGUGGGAAGCCGGCCUGUCCUUCUUUGACAGAGAAGCAGCUAUGAGAAAGGGGUCUCUUGGUUCUGCAUUGGUUUUCACAGAAAACUGUCUUAUGCCUGAAUGCUAGUCCUAUUUUUCUCAGACACAAAGUCCUUUAAAAAAAUUGUACGAAGUCAGAUCGUGUUUGGAUGCCCAAGAUAAGGAAGUAGCCCGUUUUAUGACAAUUAAGAUCUUAAUGGGUAGAUGAAGGCCUGAGGGUACACUUCCAUUACCUAUACACAAAACUGCCACAAACAUUCUCUCUACUGUUAUGAAUGUCUGCUGCCAGCGAUAUCUCAUUGUUUAAUAUGUGCUAAGAAACUGACUUUCUAGGAUAAUCUUGUGAAUCUGUUUACAUGCUGCCAGCAUCCUGACCUAUUCUUUAGUGUGUGUGCUUACACGGGUGUCAUGGAGCUUUCUCUCUAUUUUAAACUGAGCCUUCUUUUUUAAUCUAUUCCUGAGAAGAUAUGUAAAUAAGCUCUCAGAGUUUAUGUGGUGAUUUGCUGAGCCUUGCCGGACAAGUGGUUUGUUCCUGAGCAAACCAAAUUUCUUCACUCAGUGCAAUAUAUUUGUGUGACCGCUUGUGUCUUUUUAUGACUUUUUUGCCUUUUAGAAAAUGGAUAAAUAAAGCAGGUAUAUUUUUUAUUUUC